GGUAGUUUCAUUUUCGGACACCGAACCAGUUGGAGAACAGGAUUCGCCAACAUUCGAGAUGAGGAGCUUUCUGUGCGUUAUCGCACUCGCCGGCACGUUGGCCUUGGGCGUUCAAGGUCAGGGUCAGCGGGAGGUGUUCAAGCUGUGCGUACCGCAUCAGAUUGCCGACGCCUGUCGGGAUUUGUUGGGCGAUGGGGUGACCGGCGAGGGUUCGGUUGAGGUCCAGUGUGUUUCGGCCCGGGAUCGUAUGGAGUGUUUGGAGAAGGUGAACCUGAGGGAGGCCGAUUUUGUGGCGGUUGAUCCCGAGGAUAUGUACGUAGCGUACCAUAUGGCCAACCAGGACUUUAGCGUGUUCAGUGAGUUCCGAACGUUGGAGGAACCAAAGGCCGAGUUCCGGUAUGAAGGUAUCGUGCUGGUGAGAAAGAGCGAUAACUUUGGUGGGACUGCCGAUUUGAGGGGUAAGAAGAGUUGCCACACAGGAUAUGGAAGGAAUGUUGGGUAUAAAAUUCCUAUCACGAAGCUGAAGAAAUUGGGCUUGUUUAAGUUGGCUAAUGAUCCGGAUAUGGCGCCUCUGGAGAAGGAGCUGAAAGGGUUGUCUGAGCUAUUUUCCAGCUCUUGUCUGGUAGGCAAGUACUCUCCGAAUGAUGAAGUUAACCGACAGUUGAAGAAGACUUAUCCUAAUUUGUGUGCUUUGUGUGAACGGCCUGAGGUUUGUGAUUAUCCGGACAAGUACUCCGGAUAUGAUGGGGCAAUCCGCUGUUUAGUUGAAAAUAACGGUGAUGUGGCCUUCACCAAGGUCAUCUAUGUGAAUAAGUACUUCGGUCUCCCGGUAGGAGAAUCCCCGGCUAAACCGGCCUUGAAUCCUAAUGCUCGCACCGAAGAUUACGUCUACUUGUGUGAAGAUGGAACUACUAAACCCAUCACCGGACCAGCUUGUUCUUGGGCCCAACGACCCUGGCAAGGCUACAUGGGCAACGGAGACAUCAACGGACGCUUCCAGCGGCUUCAAAAACGACUCCAGCAGUUCUACACUGAAGCCAAAAAGUCUGGAAACAGUGACAAAGCUAAGAAGAUGUGGGUCGAUGCCAAGAACAUCCUAUUUGAUCGUGGAACUCCAGUUCUGCCCGGAGAGCAUCUGAACAAGGCCCAGAACAAGGACGUGAUCGAGCGUGAUGGGCCGUUCGAGUACAAGGUCAAGCUGUGCGUCAACAACGAGCUGGAGCUGCAGAAGUGUGAAGUUCUGCGUAAGGCUGCCUUCUCCCGAGAUAUCCGUCCGGAGAUUCAGUGUGUCCUGAAGGCCAACGAAGGUUGUGUGGGCGCCGUCGAACGAGGUGACGCGGACGUUGUCGUGCUCAAAGGUGAACAGCAACACGGUGCCAGCGCAGGCGCCUUGAAACCCAUCCUGUUUGAAAAGUACGACGAAUCCGAUGUCAUGGUGGCCGUUGCCGAUAAGGGUAUCUCCAGAGAUGAACUCCUGAAAGCACCAAUUCAAUUCGACGCCUCGGAUCCUCGAGCCAUCUCAGCGGCUCUGUUCUUCAACGACAAACGUCAGCGCAAGACUUGCCCGAACCAGCUAGCUUCCUCCCCUGAAGCCCCAAUCCAGAUCAUCUCAGCCCAAGAUCUCGCGCGACUAGGUUCCAACAAGGUGCUCAUCUGUCCGAGUCUUAACUUCGAGCCGAUCGCAAACUACGCUUCCUGCAACGUAGAUUACACCUUCCCAACGGGGGUAUUCGUCAGGAAGACCAUUGCCGGACAGCUCGAAGACAAUAUAUCCCAUGCCUUCGUGGCGCUGUCGGAUAAGUUUGGUCAUGGCGCUGCUACUGAGAUUGUAUUCGAGAUGUUUGGCGAGUUCAAGCCUGGCUCGAAGAAUGUGCUGUUCCACGAUCGGGCUGCAAAGUUUGGGCAGGCUGAUAAUAAGGUUACCAAUGUUGACGCUGCCUAUUAUAAACAGUUGAUGUGUUUGUAAAACAUGAGUUUGACGAUAUGUGGUGAAUAAAAAACGCUGACGCUCCUGAA